CUGCAGGUGUGGUGGCAAUUUGAUGGCUCCUCAUUCUUCUUCAUCACCGACAGGUAGACUACGACUGAGUGACGGCAGUACUAACAUUCACUAAGCGCGCCGACGGAUGCCCUUGCCUUUCUGCUAAACAGGAAGGCGCCCCUCUACCGAUGGAGCAGCGCGUGGAGGACAACAAGAGUCGCACAAACGGCCACACGCCAAAAUCUCCCGAGGGCUCAAAGUCGCCCAAGUCUCCAGCAAACCGACACGUCAAGCAUGACGAUUCCGCAACGGAAACACAGCCAAACGCGAGGCAGAAGUCAUCGAGCAGCAGGAAACAUCGUGUCUUUGUUGUCGGCUCAGUAUUUAUUGACACAAUCUUGACAUUGCCUGGGUUACCAGAGCUCGACCAGAAGUUGCGCGCGACUGAGAGCCGCGUUCGUGUUGGUGGCAAUGCAUUCAAUACAGCUGCAGUCUUGGCACAAGACCCAUCGACUGAAGUCUACCUCGUGGCGUCAGUCCCAGAUGCACAACACUACGAUGGUAAGCGCAUUCGAAACGCAUGCAAGCAUCAUGGCAUUCGACCACUUUUCUUGCCGUCCCCGCACACGACUGCUUGUACGGCUUAUAUUCUAGAGACUGCUGGACAUCGCACCAUCAUCUCACAUGAUCCAGGGUCGGCUUUUUCCUUCACAGCCUUCCAAGAAACAGUUAUCAACAGGGCCCGGCUCGGCGCCUUGGACCAUGUUCACUUCGAAACGCGCGUGCUGAGGUGUCUCUCUGACUGUAUUGGUGCUGCGUGCCAGGCUGGCGCCAUGGUUUCUGUUGAAUACGAAAAGUGUGAUACAGCCCAUCGUAAAUUACGAUAUGAAGUAUCCAAAUACGACUAUACCGCCAUCUUUUCAAGUGCUUGGGAAGACGAGAACCUUGACGAGGUACAGAAAGACGAAGAGACUGGAGCGCCUGUUGGCCUGGGCAUCUCCCAUACAAUGCUUGGCGAACGCGGUGUACUUCUACGUCGUUACUCGUCGAAAGCGAGUCGGACAUACAGGACUUAUGGCUUACGACCAUUACAACCUAUCGUGCAUCCCGUGGAAAACACAGGGGCCGGCGAUACCUAUAUUGCAGGCGUCAUCCUCGGUAAUCUUCGCAUUCGCAGCAAGGGACUCGUGCCAGUCAACAAUGUUGAUAUCGUCCUUCGACUUAGCGCACAGUACGCUUCUAUACUCGCCAUGCGGAAGAUACAGCAGGUGGGCUUUGAGGGAGUCGUUUCGGGCAGGGCACAUUCGAGCGUAAAUCAGUCGGUGACGGAGUUUCAGUGGAAUGAUCAGCGUAAGCGUUAGAUUGAGCAUUUGCAUAUGUAGAUAGAAGCAUCAGGUAUAGGAUCAGGUAUAGGAUCAGGUAUAGGAUCAGGUAUAGGAUCAGGUAUAGGAUCAGGUAUAGGAUCAGGUAUAGGAUUCAGUACAAUUAAGCCUUC